AUGUUGUCUCCUAUCGUGGUCAGCUUAUACGCCUUGGGAGCCUUCCUAGCCCUGAUCGUGUUGAAUGUGACUCGCCAGCUUCUCUUCCGCAACAAGAAUGAACCCCCUACGGUCUUUCACUGGAUCCCGUGGCUGGGAAGCACCGUCACGUAUGGAAUGGACCCGUACAAAUUCUUCUUCACAAACAGGGAAAAGUACGGUGACAUCUUCACUUUCGUGAUGCUCGGAAGGAAAACCACGGUAUACCUAGGCAUCAAGGGCAACGACUUCAUCCUCAACGGAAAGCUCAAGGACGUGAAUGCAGAGGAAAUAUACGGGCCGCUCACCAUUCCUGUGUUUGGAUCCGACGUCGUCUACGAUUGUCCCAAUUCCAAGUUCAUGGAGCAGAAGAAAUUCAUCAAAUUCGGCCUCACUCAAAGUGCCCUCGAGUCCUACGUUGAAUUGAUUGAGAAAGAGACCCUCGACUAUCUCAAGACCUCUCCUCGUUUCAAGGGAAGUUCGGGCAGACUAGAUGUUCCUGCUGCCAUGGCCGAGCUUACAAUCUUCACCGCUAGUAUCGCACUACAAGGCGAGGAAGUUCGCAAGAGGCUAACAGCGGACUUUGCCGAUCUCUACCACGACCUUGAAAAGGGAUUCAUUCCAAUCAACUUUGUCAUGCCGCGCGCUCCGAUACCGCAGAACCGCAAGCGCGAUGCCGCUCAUGCUCGGAUGCGGGAAGUGUACAUGGACAUUAUCAAAAAACGGCGCAAGAAUCCCGGCAAGGAAUCCUCGGAUAUGAUCUGGAACCUGAUGCAUUGCACAUACAAGGACAGUACGCCCGUGCCAGACAAGGAAAUUGCCCACAUGAUGAUUACCCUUUUGAUGGCCGGCCAGCACUCUUCAUCAGCGUCUAGUGCCUGGAUCGUACUACGGCUUGCUUCAGAACCAAAAAUUCUCGAAGAACUCUACCAGGAGCAGGUCAAUAACCUCAAAUAUGACCCUCGCACGGGUACCUUCGAACCCCUGCAGUACAAAGACCUCGAUCUCCUUCCACUCCAGAAGGCCGUCAUCAAGGAAACACUCCGAAUGCACAUGUCCAUUCACUCCAUCCUCCGCAAGGUCAAGAACCCGAUGCCAGUCCCUGGCACGCCGUACGUUAUCCCACCGAGCCACAUCCUCCUCGCCUCUCCGGGCGUGACCGCGCAGAGCGAAGAGUUCUUCCCCAACGCCAACGUAUGGGAUCCGCACCGUUGGGAGAACCAGCAGAUCGAAAAAGAAGAAGACAAUGGAGAACUAGUCGACUACGGAUACGGCGCUGUAUCAAAGGGCACGAACAGCCCUUAUCUGCCUUUCGGCGGAGGCCGCCACAGGUGCAUUGGGGAGAAAUUCGCAUUCGUCAACCUCGGCGUUAUCAUUGCAACCAUGGUGCGCAAUUUGAAGAUGCACAAUGUCGAUGGGAGGAAGGGAGUUCCAGAGACGGACUACUCAUCCAUGUUCUCUGGAGCUAUGCAGCCGGCUAUUAUUGGAUGGGAGCGGCGCUUUCCCGAGAGCUCGUAG